GUACAUCAAUAAUUUCAUAGAAUCGUACAACAAGAUGUCGGUCGCAGCGAACGAAAUAGUGGCCAGUUUGCGAGGCAAAGAUCUGAACAGCAAAACAUACAACCCGCAUACCGAAAAGCUGCUGGAUGAGCUGAAUCUAUCCAAAAGCGGUUUCAACUCCCUGUUCGAGGACACGUGGCACACUUUGAUGGGAAUCGAAAUGCAGCUGUUUGAACGAACGGAGGAAGGCAACUUUACGUUUGAAAACACUAUUAAGGAAAUGACCAAUGAGUUCAUUGAGCUUGCCCAGGCGCAGUUUGUGUUGUUGCGAGAGGCAGAGAUCAACUUUAGCGACACGUUGGUGGACACUGUGCAGCAAUUUGUAACUAUUAAGGCUGCGUCCGGCCAGGCCGACAGACUCCCGGAUGCGUUAAAGGAGUCUUUGGAUGACAAAGAUGUCAUAAGCAACAUGGCCGCAGGUAUGCGGGAUCAGCACAUGCAGUUGAUAGAUGCUAGGGAAGAUAAGCUGAUAACGCGUAGCCGAAACUGGGUGAAGGAACUGUGCGAUGAUCUUCAAAAUUCUGAAAUUAAACGCAAUCGGGCGAAAGUUCUAGAAAUAACAUAUUUUCUUGACCAACACCGACAAACAUUCAUGAGCGCGUUUGAUGAAGUUGCCAGCAAAUUGGAAGUAUAA